AAUGCAGACCGUGAAGUUGCUUCUGGGAAGGCGAGGUAUCGAAGUUAACGCCACAAACAUGAGAGGCGACACCGUCCUUGAUAUGCUACUGGAUUCACCCUGCCAGCAUGGAGAUCUGUUGUUGGGAGAACUGAUUCGAGCAGCAGGUGGAAGAACCACCGCCGAAGAAGGGAAGACUCGGACGAAAUCGUCACCGGGUGAUGCCAGAGCCUCUGCCACUGUCGCGUCACACAGAAGCCGACCAAAUCGUUCUGAACCUAAAGAAAAAGAAAAGUACAACAACAAACCAGAAACACUAAUGGUGGUGGCGACGUUGAUCGCCACCAUCACAUUCGCAGCUGGGCUGAACCCCCCUGGUGGGUUUAAGCAGAAAGAUGAUGGUGGGGCGACUCCCCGCAAUGCAGAAGUCAACUUUGAUGAGAGUUCAAGUGAAGGGGAGGCAGUUCUAAAAUAUGAUCUCGAGUUAUUCCUGCUGUUCGACAUGUUCGGGUUGUUUGCAUCCUUGAGCAUCAUCCUCUUGUUGAUAUGUUGUGUGCCCAGACAGACUAAACUGGUGACGGGAAUCCUAAAGUGGGUUCUAUGGCUGGCGGUGUUCUCGACGGCAUUAGCAUUCUCGACCGCCAUUGUGCGAAUAUUUUCCUAUCAGCUCUGCACUGUCAUCCUUCUCAUGAGUUGGUUCGGAAUUCUCAGUCUCUUCAUGAUUUGGGUGUGCUUUAGAGCGAUCAGAGGCUUGUUGCGCAAAGGUGGAUGCUGGAAGAAGAAAGAUGGAGAAGGAGAAAGUCAGGGAGUCCCCACAAGGGCCGUUGCCAUCCGCACGAAGAUUGUGGUGGGCGCGUUGAUGAUAAUUAUUUUUGGAGUAGUUCUUAUUGUAAAUUAUUUAGUGUUUGUUUAUAUAUUAAAUAUGUCAAAUAAUAGAAUAAUAUGAUCUAUCAUUAUUCUUAUAUGGUUUAUCCUUUAUCAUCUUUUAAAGUUACUUUGUCUUAUUUUCAGAAUGUAAUUUGCUUUUAUGUAUUUUGUUCCACGGUAUAUAGUAAAUCUGUAACUUUAAUCAUUA